AUGGAGGCCACACUUCAAGAUGUGACCUCUUCGUCCAUCACGCAUGAAGCAUAUACCAUAGGUUGGAUUUGUGCUCUACCAAAAGAGUUGACAGCAGCGCGGGCAAUGUUGGAUGAUACGCACCCAGAUCUUCCACAGCCACCAGCGGACCCCAAUACAUACUGCCUGGGGCGCAUCGGCGAGCACAAUGUGGUCAUCGCCUCUUUGCCCAAAGGCGAAAUCGGGAAUAACAGUUCAGCAAGUGUAGCGACUCGUCUUCUGGCGACGUUCCCCCAGAUCCGAUUCGGAUUGAUGGUUGGCAUUGGAGGCGGUGUGCCUAGUGAGGAGAACGACAUCCGUCUUGGUGAUGUCGUGGUCAGCUCCCCAGUGGGUACCCAUGGAGGCGUGGUGCAGUGGGAUUUUGGGAAGGCGGCUAAAGGCGGCCUGUUUGAGCGUAUUGGCGCCCUGAAUACAUCUCCACGUUUGUUGCGGACAGCCAUCGCCAAGCUGGAGUCAACUCAUCAGAUGAGUGACAGUAGCGUCCCCGAAUAUAUUGCGGAAAUGUUGCGGAAGUACCCCAAAUUAAAAAUAUUUGCUGAACGAGCCACCCUCGUCGACGUGCUUUUUGACGCUAUUCAUGAUCAUGUCGAUGAAGGAGGGGACUGUAGCCGCUGCGAUUCGAAAAGAGCUAUCAAACGGCCACCGCGUGAGGAAUUUGUGGUGCACUAUGGAGCCGUUGCCUCAGGGAACAAAGUAAUCAAGGAUGGUGCGAUGAGGGAUCAAAUCAGUAGGGGCCUUGGGGGAGUUCUUUGUUUCGAAAUGGAGGCUGCAGGGAUGAUGAAUGAGUUUCCCUGUCUGGUCAUUCGAGGAAUUUGUGACUAUGCCGACUCUCACAAGAACAAGAAGUGGCAGGAAUACGCCGCUGUCACUGCGGCCGCCUUCGCAAAGGAACUGAUCAACUUCAUCCCGCAGAACCAAGUGGUCAACGCUGAGACUGCGAACGUGGCGAUGAAAGAAUUACUUGGCGAAGCAGUGCAGACCGCCCAGAGAGUUGAAUCAAGAGUUUUGGGUAUGAUUGAAUCUGUCGAUGUUGAAGAAAGAAUACUUGCCUGGAUGUCGCCAAUUAAGGUCUCGCCAAUCUAUAACGAUGCAAAGUCUCGCAGGUCUCCAGGCACAGGUGACUGGUUGCUGGCAUCUGAUGAAUUCACUCGCUGGCAAAGUUCGGCAUGUCCACUUCUGUGGCUUUUCGGGGUUGGUGCGUGUGUCUGCUCCAUGCUUCUGCUUAUCAAAAGCAAUGCUGACCCUAUGAGCAUUCAGCGGGGUGCGGAAAGACCUGUCUCUGCCCUCGAUAUGCCACAACAAAACGAUCAUGACACGAGACUUGCUUACUGGUACUUCCGGUUUGACGACGCCGUCACGCUCAGCGUCAGCAGUAUGGUGCGGUCCUUUAUCCGACAGCUGACCCCGUUUCCCCUUCCAGCCUCAGUAAGGAAGCUGUGGGACCAGCACAGAAGCCGGUCAAUGGAGCCAGAUGACAAAAUCCUUAUCGAGCUCCUUGAUAGUAUUAUUGGUGGCCUUGAUGAGGUCUACAUCAUUAUAGAUGCCUUAGAUGAGUGCCCCCGAGACAUGAACCGCCGCCAUGAACGAGAUAUCCUUUUCGGGUGCAUCAAGCAUCUCAUGCAGCAACACGGUCAAAGAUUAAGGAUAAUCGUGACUAGCCGACCUGAGCCCGACAUCCACGAUGCAUUAUUGGAAUACACUGGGCUUGACAUCGAGUUCAAUAUGAAGAGGGAUGUGCAGAAAUUCGUGGAAAAUGCGCUACAGGGAGAUCGAUGGCUUAAUGGGUGGACUGACACUAUCAAAAUGGAAAUUAAGGAGAAACUUCUAUCAAUUGCAGACAGCCAAUUCUUGUGGACUGACCUACAACUAGAAAGGCUCAAGGAAUGCCAUACACACGAUCAGAUCCGUGAAUAUCUGCGCACAAUGCCUCAAAGCCUGGAAGAUACUUAUCGAAAGACGCUUACGCGCAUAUCACCAAAAGACAUUUCUAUCGCUCGUCGGAUCCUCAUCUGGCUGACCACUUCCCUCCGACCGUUAACGUUGAAGGAGGUUGCGGCGGCAGCUGAUCUUAUACGGCCUGAAUCUGUGCUGCGCAUCUGUACCAGCACGCUGGUCACUUUAGUCUAUGAAGACUCAACGAAUCAGCUGAAUGCUACCCACCAGAUUGUGAAGCUCGCACAUUUCUCUGUGCGGGAAUUCCUGGUUUCUGCCGAUGAAAUAGGGCGACCUGAUGAGGCAUAUCCAUGGUAUUAUUUCUCAAAUCUAUCAGCGCAUGCCGCAAUCACCGAACAGACACUCGACACACUCCUUGAGACACAGAAAAUUGAUAUAAGCGAAGAAAUACUCUCGACAAAGCCCCUUAUUCAGUACUCUGCGGUAUUCUGGUAUCAACAUUUUCGAGCCAUGGAGCCAGAAGCGGAGGAAUACCCGGAUAUCACACGUCGUGUUGACAUGCUUUUCAGUCCACAGAGCUCCGGGGCUUAUAUCAAUUGGCUUCGACUGCAUAAUUGCGACGCUCCUGUUCCGAAUGGUUUUGAUUACACCCUGAAGUUAGAAGCUGUUUCUGAGCCCUUAUAUUACGCAUCGUUGCUGGGACUUCACACGACAGUGGCAAACUUGGUAGAAGCGGGUGCAAAUGUGAUGGCAAGUGGAAGGAUGUAUCGGAGUUCGCUUGUUGCAGCGUCCGUCCAUGGCUUCCCAGAGACCGUCAAUCAGUUGCUGAAAGCAAUCACCAACAUCGAGACAACUGAUGCCUGUCAAAUCGUGGCCAAAAUUUUAGGAAAGAACAUUGCCAAGACUAUGAGCGUCUUGCUGGAACGAUCUGGCUUAUUUCCAGUUACGGACGAGGUCUUCAGGGCUGCAAUUCAGAAUGAAAGAAGUGGCCCCCAGGUCCUCAAGAUCUUAACGCAAUACCAGGAGGAAAUUCCAAUCACGGAGGCGAUGAUCAAAACUGCAGCGGGGAACUGGGGGAGUGGAAGGCAACUGAUUAUGAUGCUUCUCGAUCGCUGCGUAACAGUUCCAAUCUCAGAGGAUGUGCUCAUGGCAGCAGUAGAGAAUGAGCAAUGUGGGAAAGAAGUGAUCAGUACCCUGAUUUAUCGUUGUUCGGCACAUAUGACCAUUACAGAGGCACUUGUGAAGUCAGCUGCGGAUAACAAACGGAAUAGAUACGUGAUCAACUUCCUUCUUGGGGGACCCGGUGCUGAGCCCGAGAUAAUGGAGGGUGGCAUGAUACAAAUCGCCAGAAGGUUUGAUAAAGAGAUAAUUCUGACUUUGCUCGACCGGUCCACGUUCAAACUUCCGUUAACUCACCAUGUCGUACUAGACAUGGCGAAGUUAUCUCCUAAAAGCGUGGUUGUAUGCCUUUUGCUUUGCCAUGGGAAUUUUCUUCCCAUCACAGACGAAAUACAGAGAGAGAUUACAAGGAGGUUUGGCGAAGAAUUGAUUGAUUUCCUACUCGACCAACGAAGAGCCGACAUUCCUGUCACGGAGAAAAUCCUGAAGGCUGCGGUAGGAAAUGACCUGGGGGGUGCGUUACUUUCGCAACAAAAACGAGGGUCACAGAUCACGCCGGGCAUUUUCAAACUCGCGUGCAGAAAUUGGAGAAGCGGAGAGGCGAUAUUGACAGCCCUCUUGAGGUAUCAAGAGACAGGGAUACUGCUUUCAAAAGAUCUUGUCAUCGCCGCUGCUGAGAACAGCAGAAGUGGAUCGAGGCUGAUUAUUGCUCUUAUCAAUCAUCAGAGAUUAGAUAUGCGACUGGAAGAAGAGGUUGUGAGGGAGAUUGUCCGGCGAUAUGAUAACGAGGUCAUCGAAAUUUUGUUUGACCGGCAACCAGAUAUCGAAUUGACAGAGACCACUCUCGUUGCUGCUGCAUGUAAUGUGAAAUAUGAAGGCAACCUCAUGGAGUUCUUGCUGAAAGCACAAGACUCUAAGCCCCCAAUCACUCAAGACGUGGUCGAGGCUGCAAUGAGAAAUACUGCUGUUGGGUUUGAAAUCAUCGAGCUCCUAGUGAAUGAAGGACUCAUGAUUCCCGUUACCAAGGAAAUAUUCCAGGCCGCCGAAGAUAAUAAGGAAUGUGGCAGCAGGAUCAUCAAAUUACUACUCGAUCGCCAACAUGAUGUCCCAAUUUCAAAGGAUUUGACAGAGUCAUUCGAAAUUGUCGACCUUGAUCAGGGCAGUGAUACAUUAGAAGGAGGAAACACGGAGAUCCUCACAAGCGCAGCAAUGAACGAUCAGUCCAAGGAUGGCGAAGACUCCAGGAGUUUUCACUCGGAUGAAUCGUCACAAGACGAGACCAAAGAACUUCUGGAAGACGAAGAUUCCAGUGCUGAGCAGCUGGACGUCGUGCUGACUUGCUUUGGCGCAUAA